CUUGAGAAACUUCCAGGCAAAACAUAACAUGUCUAGCGAAGAACAACGAUCGCUGCUCGGAAGUUCUUCAAGCUCGAAUCAGCAGAAUUCCCGGGUAAAUAGUGAUCACAGUACUGAACACGCAUUUGGAGUGUGCUGAGUAUAACUGAAAUGCGUCUUUUCUGUUUCUUGCACCUCUCUGCUUCAACUUAGGCGUCGUCGUUUUCAAGCAAAUGGGGAUUAGUUUUGUCUUGUAUCGGAUGUGUCGUUGGUACAGGAAACAUUUGGAGAUUUCCGAGAAUAGUGGCAAAUAACAGCGGCGAGAAAGGUAUCAAGGAAGUGUAUUUUUGACAGUAUCUCUUUAAUGCUUAAAUUUCGUUUUAUCAUUGAUACGUGUGGGAUCCCCAUGUCGACUACCUCUGACUUUUUAUAAAUUUCCACAAUCCGCGUGAUUCCCGAUGACCUGUCACUGUUUGGUGACCUUCACGUAAAGCAAAUAGCGUUUCAUACAUACCGCUUUUUUAUAAAGAAAAAUAGGCUAUUAAAGAAAAAAUGGUAAAAGGAAAUCAAUGCAGUGCAUUCCUUUGUUUGUCCACGGAGUGUGCUCGCAAGCGUAAUGAGGUAACUGUCGGGGUGAGGGGGGGGGGUAUUUCAUUUAGCGGUGAUGGGGUGGGGGAGGGGAUAAAUUGCUAUGAAAAGAGACAUUUAGAUUCAAUGAAGCAAGAAUUUUUCUGGGGGGGGGGGUACUACCUUAUAUAAGCCACAAAGGUUUGUGCUGCCCCAGAGGGGAUGGUUUUUGGACCUUUUUUUUCUUAAAACAGGGCUAACCUUUUGCCAUUUUUUUUCUUUUUUUUAACAUAAAUAAAAAUGGAUUUAAAAAGAAACGCUUUUUUAAAAAAAAAAAAAGGGUUAUAAAAAAAAAAGGGGAAAAGGAAAUGAAUGGGUGGCUUGUCUUGUGUUGGCCCGGGGGGGGGGUCGGAAGGGUAAGGGGGGAAGGGGGGGGGGGGGGGGGGGGGGGGUAUUUCAUUUAGCGAUGAUGGGGUGGGUGAGGGGAUAAAUUGCUAUGAAAAGAGACAUUUAGAUGCAAUGAAGCAAGAAUUUUUCUGGGGGAGGGGGUACUACCUUAUAUAAGCCAUAUAGGUAUGUGCUGCCCCAGAGGGUAUGGUUUUGGCACCUUUUUGUUCUGAAAACAGGUAUACACUUUGCCCAUUUUUUAUCGUUUUGAUUCCAAAUAAAUACAAUGUAAGAACGAAACAGAAAUAUGUGAAUUUGAAAUGCAUUAGAAGAAUUGUUUUGUUUGCACUCUAAUCUAAGAAGUGAUGGCAUAAUUUUAGAGGUCUGGUCUGAAAAUGUGUGUGGAAAAAUAAUUAUGAUAUUUUUUGGUCUGAAAUAGGGUCAGGGUUUAGAGAAUCAGGUGGCACAACCCCUUCAAGAAUUACCAGGAGUACCAUUCCUGGGGCAUUUUUAGUAAAAUGGGCUUCAAAUAACUGACUCAGUCUUAAAUGGGCCUUCUAGCUAAUCAACAUCAUCCACAGUUACCACUGAAGAGGGGAUCAAAGGGGUUUUUGCAUGGUACAGGAGAGUGUUGUUAAUUUUUGUAAAAGCUGAAAAUAUGAAGUUAAAAUCCAUGAAAUACUGUCGUUUAAGUUUAGAAAGGUGAACAAUGAUUUGAAAUUACCGUGAUGCCUUAUUUGUACUUUUCCAAUGUCUGUGAAAAGUGAGUAGAACCCUCCAACCUUUUAAUUUACUCCCCCCUUGUUAAAUGGUGGGUUAGUAGUAGGGAGUGGGCUAUGUACUGUAAAUUGAGCUCUUGAAUUCCAACUUUAAAUGUACAGUUUUCUGAAGUGAGUAAUACAUACAUGUAAUUUUAUUAUCUGUACAUGAAACCGUUCACUUCUGUAGGACCACUCAUCUUCUUAAGAACAAGGGUCAUUACCAAGAAUAAGAUCAUAAAAACAACAGACUCAGUGUGCAUGUUGGUCCCUCACCAAGACAGUGAGACCCUUUUGUAAACAUCUGUGACUUUGGUUGAAUAAUUUCAAGACCCAAUUAAUUAAAAUAAGAGCUUGAAGGUCCCCCAAUAGGCAACAUAAAAUGAAUCAAAAUCUGGUUGUUCAAAUUUGAACAACUGGGGCCUGUUGUUUGACUGUUUCUGUAGGUGGACUCCAGUUCCUUUUAGUAUGGAUAUUAUUCCUGGCAAUCUGGUCUAUACCAGUGAUUUUGAUAGAGUAUUCUGUUGGUCGUUACACAAGACAUGGUCCUGUGAAGUCCUUCCGUUCAUUGGUCGGACCCCGGUCAUUGUGGUGUGGGGGAUGGAUGGUUGCUGUUGUUGUUCUCAUUGGGUGAGUAUCAGUCUCCCAGAUAGUUGCAUGGUUACUUCCUUUCUAGAAGCAUAUGAAUCUUGGUAACUGCAGAUUAAAGCAAAGGAGCAAGGUUGGUAUUCCUGUGUAAGACUCUGGGCUAUUUCUGUUCCAGAAAAACCGUCCAAUUUCAAAGUCAUAAUGAGAGUUUCAAAUUAAAACUACAUCUGUAUCUAGCCAGAUCAGUCAAAUCCUAAAUGAUAGUAUGCACAAAGGAGAUGGUUUUUCAGCAAAAACUCUAGGAGAAAGCCUGCUUUUCAAAAUGACUGACCUGGCCAAGGUCCGGCCAGCCUGUUCUGACUUUUGGAAGGCUGAUCCUGUUUCCUCUAAUGGAAAUACAUGUAGUAUUUGACAAUCAUUGUCGUCUUUCAAGAUUAUUUAUUCCAGACAUUAUCAAUUGAAUUGUUUUAGGUCAUACUACUCUGUUGUGGUUGGGUGGUGUUUUUAUUAUCUAUUCCACUCCAUCUUCUAUCAUCUGCCAAACUCAAUACAGGAGAGUAGGGAUAUUUGGAAGGACUUACAGGUAACUUCUGAAAUUAAUUUUGGUUUCGGAUAUAGCAUGUUGGUAUUCAAAGCAGGCGCCGAUCAAUUAGAUGUUUAUAAUAAUAUUAUAGUGUGAAAGGUUUGAACGCAGGAGUCAUUUCAAAAGUAGGUUGAGUUUGAUAGUCCGGGUGAACAUAGUCCUGAAUAGGACUGUUGUUGUUGACAGUGGCUGACGUUUUGACAACCUGUGCGGUAGUCAUCUUCAGAGUCAAAGUGAGUUGUGUCACAUCAGUUGAUGGUAUUAUACUCUGGUUAUUGAUCUGAUUGGUCAAUUACGUCGCAUUUCGGGUACUUUUAGAAGCUGCUCACUUAAUGAUUGGGAAGUCACAUGUAUUCAUUGCGUACCUAAUUUUUUCUUUAAAGGAACAUCAUCAAUACAUUCCAGUCCUGCUCCACCUGUUGACUCUGUUCAUCACCAGUAUUUCAUUAACAAGAUCAGUGUCAUCAAUUGAACGUGUGAACAGCAUCAUUGUCCCUCUUCUGUUACUUGUAUUGGUAGUGUCUUUCUAUUGGUCCUUGACUUUGGAAUAUGCAUCUCAAGGAAUCUCUUUUCUCUUUUCACCUGACUGGGGUAAGUACAGUUGUAAUGCAGUAGCUUGAUGCCAACACUGGUUUCCCUAAGAAAAGAAGUCCCAGGAACAAGCACAGAAAUUCCAUACUGAUGACGUGUCACUACCCAGAUCAGUCUGGGUUGUGCUUCUGGUUAGUGGUGCGGUGGAAGAAAUUUGUUUCAACCAAUCAGAUGCACUUCCCAUAUCUCGGCAGUGAUACUUCAUCAGUGUAGAAUUUCUGCACUAUUUCCUCAGAAUUCCGCUUUGAUGACGGCUAAAUUUGUGAAACCACGAUGAAAAUCUAUGGAACCAAAAAACUUGAUCAAAAAGGGCAAAUGCACAAGUGACUUUCUGUUUUUCAAAAUAACUUGUCUAAGUUCUUGGUGACUUGUUUAGAACUUGGUCCAAACUAUAAAAUAGCUUUACACGAACAGUUUGACGCAAUAGGACAGGAAAAAGGAGCAAAUUUGGAAACCCGAGAAACCAUGUUUGUUUUAUGUCAGAGAACGAAACCCGGAAGUUGGAAUUUUUUCAUUGGUUAUUUUUUUCAGAGUGUAUACGUACGACCAGGCGCGGUAACGACGUCACUAAAAGUGUAAUCUCUGAAACUUUUACAGGGUAAUAACUCCAGCAUCAAGACGUGUCUAUUUGUAAGUAACACUGUUGUUAUGAUUCUUCAGGUGAACUAAAAAACCUAAGAUUGUGGAUCGAAGCAGCUUCUCAAAAUGCUUGGGAUACAGGUAUGAAAUAAUACGAGCGUAUUUCGAGGGCCGCACUAAAUAAAACCUUUUAUUUUUGAAUUUCUUUCUUUGAUGUUUUUCUAAUCCUGCUAGGCGCUGGAGCGGGGUUAUUCUUGACCUAUGCAACAUUUAUGACGAGAAGAAAUAGCGUGGUCAAAAUAGGAACCAUUCUCCCAACAUGUAAUAACUUAAUAAGGUAAAGAAAACAUUUUUUCUCGUCUUAACAUCGUGAGGAGCGAUUGAACACAGGGACGGAACCAAGAAUGUUUCGUGGAUUUUGAGACACAAGCUGUUUAACUGCUGGUAUUACGCUUCCACCCUCCCCUCGGGGUACUCAAAAAUGAUUUAUGCGGGGGGCAUAAGCACCAUUUUUGAGAGAAAAGGUAUCCCUUUCCUGUACCUUCUAUUGACAGUUAGUACCCUUUUCACAAACCUAGUGUAGAACAUUGCAUCCCUUUUAACUCCUGUAAACGCAAUGUUUUUAAAAUAUGGAUAACUAACUAAACCAGAACGUUUGCUCCACUUUUUUCACAGCCAUAAAAUGCAUCUUUUUAUAGCCUUUUUGGGCCAUUUUACAGACCGAAACGAUAGAUUUCCCUAUCCUUUCAUAUACUUCAACUAAUGAAACCCCUAAACUUCCUUAAACCUGAAGACUGAAGAAAGUACCCCUUUCGGGCGGAACCUCCCCGUAUAGGCCAUCAUAGAGAGUACCCCCACCCCCUCGGGAUCCUUCCUCACCGUUGUACAUUAGUUCCCCUGGGCAUUUCACGUUAUGAUACUUGUUUCCGGUAAAAAAAAAAAUUCAAACGAAGCCCCACUUUUUGCGUUGAUAUUGUAAUGUUUUGGUAUGGCAAAAGGGAACUGUUUAUACGGGCCAGAAGUUGCGGCGGCCCUGCCAAAAUUGGAUCUGAAUUGAACCUGAAAUUGAACCUGUUAAUCAGUGUCAAAGGUUACUGCAAAUAUUUCAAUUUAGUUGAGUUAAUAAGUUGAGCAGUAAAGGGGAAAUUAACCGUCGAAAAGGUUAAUAGAAGUUUGAGACAUUCUUCUCUCGUUUUUAAGCAACAUUGUACACUGCCUUUCAACGGUCACUCUUUCCGCUUCAAUGAAAAUAAUAGUUAAAAGGUCUUAGGAUCGGCUGUGAGCUCCGCAUAUAUCCACCUUGUGGUAAAGCUGUUGUUAUCAUUCGAAGCCGUAGAAUUAAAGUUGUGACUAAACAUUGAUUUGUCUUUUUCAUGUUGUUGUUUUCUAGCUUAAUUUGCGCUAUAACAUUAUAUUGCACCGUCUUCUCCACGAAAAUACGAGAACGGCAAAGUCAAAGCAAAAUAGCAGCUUUGCUCAGAGAUGAUGGAUACGCUAAUACUGGGCUGACUUUUCUUUGGUAAGCUGUAAGAGCCGAACAGACAGAGAAAACCAGGGGGGCACUCCAGGGAAGUCUGGGAAGAGGUGUGCCUCUAAGGCCUUCAAAAUCUGACCCUGUUUAAGACAAAAACCGUUCAUUUUGCUGCCCUGUUUAAUACAAGAGACCUUAUUUUAGGACUGUAAUUCGUUUCGUUUGGCAUACAGAGGUAAGAAGUUUUUUUAAAAAAAAUUAUAUAAUAAAAAGUUAGAUGACAAAUGCAGACCUCUCCGCGCUAUCCUUUCAAGCUUUUGAAAGGCUUUCGGUCCAAAAAGACAACCUGUUCAAGACGCUAAAACGUACACCCUGUUUAAGACUCAAGUGAUCUGUUCCAGGGAUCGAGAAACGUUGCGCGAAAACCACGUGGGCGCUUGGAAAGGACGGAGUAUUGAGCCUGUAAGCAUUGUUCUCCAUACCCCAUUCCAGCAUACCAGCUCCUAGUAUACCCUUAUGGUUGGUAAAUUGUGACAGUUUACUUCAACACUUAUGUCAAUCAUCUGGCGUCACGCGCGCAGAGUCUAACAGACAUGUCGAUUAUGUGAAACUCUCCUAUACCGCCCCUUUUUGACGUUUUGACAUUUGACAUUUUGACACGAGAAACAGUUUCUCGUGGACGGAGUAGUGGGCAGAUUGAGGUACAUUGUAUUUGAGAAAAUACUUACAGACUCUCCUCUGCUCUCUUCCCGCCAUUUUUCGCUCAUUCGCGAUUUCACUUCUCGCUCGCUUUUUUGCUCGUCCACACGAGCGAGAGCCUGGCACAGGCACCCAGCACCUUGGAACAGGCUCUCAAAACCACACCCUAUUCAGCCGCACAUACCCGUUAAGUCCAAAUAAGGGAGCGUCACCCACAGUUAGGAAACGUAUUGUUUUGUUGGCAGUUUCCGUAUCAGCUCUGUAAUGGUUUCAUGUAUUCCUUCCACUAGGAUGCCGGUUCUUUACAAAGAGCUGGGAGUUCCAGGUCGUGUCUUGUCAUGUUUAUUCUUCCUGUGUUUGGCCUUAGCUGGUGUUAGCUCACUCAUAGCUGUGCUAGAGUUACCAGUGCUCACUCUUGAAGAAAUGCGAAGUAGGUAUUAGCGACUUUUUGGCGACUGCUCGUGUCGCCUGUUUCAGGCUUCGAGAUAGUUAUGUACAGAGAUUGACUAAACUGAUAAGAAAACGUGCUUCAUUUCCCGUCGCCGCACAGAUCACGCGCGUCCUAUUUUCCCCUGGCGUUGUUUCCAUGACAUCCCUUCUAUCUGAAGCCUGGCACAAGAUACUACUCGCGAGGAGUAAAUCUUAGAUCCCCAUGAGAAACGUCUUGUUUACAGUGGAAGUACAAUUUUAGCUAGUCUAGCCAGUUUACAAGGACCCUACUACAAACGUUUUAACGUUUUAAGGUUACAAACGUUAAACAGGUAACAAAAACCCCAAAUGGCAGGAUACAACAAGGUUGUCAUUUGCUAACGUGACCAAGGAUUUGAACUCGGGGCGACCGAGAAACAAAUCCAGGUGGUGGUCGGAGCAAAACUCGAACCUAGGACCGCCGUAUUCCGAGCCUGACGCGCUGACCAUUCGGCUUCGUUGCCUCCUAAUGUAACAAGAUCAAGGGAGUAUAAUCCUCUUUUGAAUAGACACAAGAAAUUUACAAGGGACCAACAUGUAUUAAGAUCGCAAUGACAUGAACCGAAAGUAAAAUCAGCUGAAAAUUAUCUUGAAGCUAAAUGUUUGCCAAAUUUCUUUAGAAACUUUCAGAUCGUAAAUGAAUCCAUCAUAUGACUGAGCCGGCCCAAGGCCCAGCUGCAUAAAAGUCAUACGUAACAGCUACCGUCUGGCGUUACAAAAGAGACAUUAACCAGCGAGCAGGCUCAUUCGUGCGAGUUCGGCAAAGGCAAAGCUAACGGCUAACGGCGCCUCAAUCGUCUCGCCGUUUUCGCCGGCUUUUUCUGGUGGCCCCGCAGCCUCAUACCCAGGCCAGUUCGCGCUAUCCGAGUUACCAGAGGAGGCUUGGAACCGAGUGCGAUAGUCCUCGGCGAACUUUCCCGACAAGCUUGACAUGUGACGUCACAUCUGAAAUCGCCGAGGACGCCUACGAACGAGGCUGGUUGCCCCGGAGCCCAUUGCAGCCGGCCUAAGAAUCGUCUAGACCAUUAGUAUAGUAUAUACAGGCGGGUUAGGGUGUCUGCGCCGUAGAAUAACAGCGCCAAAUCUCGUGGAUGUGAGCCUGCGUUUGUACGGCUGCCCCCUGCCCUCAAACAAGGGAAGGCCGCUGUACCGAGUUACGUUUAGUGUGACGUUACUGUUUAUGCAACUGGUCCCUGGGGCCAUUCACAGAACACAGUCACAGAACACAGUCAGAGGGGCCGGUUUUUUUUUUUUUUUUUUUGAGGUUUCGAUAAACGCUAACUGUUUCUUUUAUUAUUCUACGUGCUUCAACAGUUCCCAGGAAGUUUGCUUUACCUCUGGUGUCUGUAGGAAUGUUCUGUCUCGGUAUACCCUCAGCGCUGAAUUUGGAUUUCUUAGUUAAUCAGGUCUGUAGCAACGACAUGUUAGGUAAUAUUCACACUAUAUCCCAUAGCUUUUGCACCAGCACGAAACCCAUACCGGAUAGGACUUCUGUUCACAACAUAAGAACGGUGAUUUCGGCGCUAUUUCUGUAACGGAGGGAAGCUGUGCCAAAGCUGAGCGUAACAUGCCGGAUUAGGUUCUGUGCCACAAUUUGGUGUAGUGCGAACUGGUAUUUGGACCAUAGCGGAAGUGAAUAAGCAGAAAAAGAGGACUGGAAUCCACUGAGACGAAAGUAAAUGUUCAGGAGUAUGGAUUGGGACUGGGAAGACCCAAACCCUCUCGAUCAACUGCUCCGGUACAAUGUUCGAUGUGUGUGAGCGACUUGUUCCAGUUCGGUGCCGUUGCUGUUCACACUUUGUCGACACGACAAAGUGUGAACAUGACCUUAUACCUCAUUCCUUGUAUAGUGUCGACAUGACCUUAUACACGUAACAUCUCAGUAACAGUCGGACCAAAAUACGUCGUCAUCGUCGGGUGUGAGUGCAAAGGUGGCUCACCCCAGUCUGUAUUCGCUGUGUUAUAUUAUUUUGAACAGAUUUCACCUUCAGUAGAGAACCUUUAAUGCGGUGUAAACAAAUAGUGCGAAAAAGAUGAACCUGGAACCUUUUAGCGCAAAAAGAGCGAAGCCCUUUAUUGACCAGUGACGUCAUCCGAAAUUGUUUUUUGUCGAGAAAGGAUGGGAAUUAAAAAUAUUUUUGCUAGACAAAUGGAUGUCAUAAAACAUUUUCACUUGGCUUUGAGCACGUGUUAUCAUUUUACACUUACAACUAACUAUCUCGCAACCGCAACAACUUGAACACAGGAAAAAACAUUGGAGUUGUAGGCAAAAGUAGUUUUGAUAAAUGGAGAAUACAAAACAUUGUAAUUACAGUUUAGAAAGGGGCUUUUGCCGUAUUUGUUUCUUCCAGGACUUUGUCUGGGCGUUUGGCCAGGUAUUGGCUGGAGUAGUCACCAUAUCUUUACCGAUCCGUUAUGGCGCGUCGAAGUUUCGUAAUGAAAUAGUAAACCAGGUAUGGAUGUUUGGUAGUAAUUCUAGGAUUUGAGAAUAAUCAAACUUUUUAAUUGCCACGCUGAUCAGUAGAGGCUCCCCCUGCAGAUAAACUAGUACGCGCGGGGUGGGGCGGGGGGGGGGGGGACGAUGGAGAAAGAGAGAAAAGGAGAAAGGCUCGCUCUUUUUUCUCUUUCCCUUCAUCCCCUGCACGCAUUCUUUAUCUUCAUGAAGAUCGCGUGUUUUACACUAUUUGCCCACUCUAAGUAGCUUACCAGCUUCCAGAAUUUAGCACACAGCUUGAAGUUUGAACAUUAAUUCAGGAUAACUUUUUCAAUUAUGUUAAUGUAUUCUCACUGUAAUGUACUGCUUUUUUAAAAUUCAGUUUGGAUUAGAGGACUGGAAACUGCCAAAGAUCUGGGUGUACGUUAUAAAGUACGUGAGAUCAUUUAACCAACUUUGCCCUUUGCUAAAUAAGGUUCAUGCUACUUAAAUUUUUCCAAUCAUUGCUUUUUAUAAUGGACCGUACAGUCAAACCUCCACAAAUAGACUCAUCCUCCAUGGUCUAUGGUCUCAACGACAUAAAAACAUGACCCUUGUUACAAAUACUGAGCGAAAUCUUGCGCGCUGAUUGGUCGGUAGCUGUGAUCUGUGAGGGUGCAGACCAACUUCGUUCCCAGGUCCUCUCUCUUCCUCCCGAAGAAAGAAGACCGUAUAAUGACAUAAUGGUGGCAAAUUCUUUUUUUUUUUAUCUUUUUUUUUUCGGUCUCUCGCGCGAGAUUUCUCGAGAAACGUCGCCGGGAAAUGGACGUUGGAAACUGUCAAGGUUGAAAUGGGAAGUAAGCAAGUAGGAAAGAGUAGGCAAAACGUUUACAACCUAUCACAUAACCCCUACUGUAAAUCAAAGGUCUGAAAAACCGGUUGCUUCUUUGAAGGGAACUGCUAAUGAACCGCUAAUAAAAUACAAGGGGCUAUGUGUCAAUAUCCCAGAGGAAUUAGUCAUAUCCUUGCAUAUAUUAUCCUGACACACAAUUUAUUGUUUACGAAUAAUUUUUCGUUCAAGUAUUGUUAAACACGACGUUACAACUCAAUAUGAAACGGGAUUUUCUUAGUCCUGACUUCGUAUAGACAAACUUCCUUAUUUAGAGGGAAAUAUUAAAGAUUUCCAAAAGCAUUUUUAAAGAUUCCAAACCUGAGCUUUGCUUUAAUUCCAAGUUGCGCUCUUUUAUCCAUGCAAUCACCAUCAACUCACAGCCUCAAGGACCAGUUAACUUCUUGUUGUAUUUUGCAGCGUUUGUGUCUGAUAGUAGCAAAUACCUCGUCCACAGCUUUCAUCUCUAAUUAUGUAGGUGAAACGAUCCUCUGUAUGGAAAUUGAAAUUGCCGUUCCUGGCUCGUUUUCUUCAACCAUAACAACCGUUUCCGAAUAGUUUUCUGACGUUUCAGUUUAAACACUGCCGUAUAAACUGCCUGAUGUAAAAAAUCGUGUUCACUGGUAAUCAGUCGACGUUGCUCUACUUAGCGCGUAUACAGACAACUAAUCCUAAAUACUACGACUUUGAAAAACAAAGGCUCAUUUCAAACGUCACAUUCCACACGUGCCGAAUUUUAUGGUAAUAAGGAAAAUAUAGCGUUUAGUGUCGCUCAUUUACAUCAGAUUUGGCAUAAGUGAAACGCGACGUUUAAAACGGGUCUAACGUUAAUGUUUAUGCCACUAUGGCACCAUGGAAUGCUCGCUGAAGGUGAACUGUAGACGCCAUAUUUUUGGAUCUCUUGUGGGAUCCUUGGCAAUGUAAAGAUGAGCCCUUCAACACUUCCACAUCGUCUAAAAUACACUUCUUUUACCCCCCUUGCCCCUUCCCCCCACUUGCAUAAAAACUAACAAUUAAAUACAUAGUACUAUUUAAAGGUACUGCAGAAGAUGUUUCAUUUGAAUGGUAACACCAUGCAAAAAAAUGAACCACAUACAAAUAUAUGAACCCAGUGAAAGCACCUUCGUUUUUGUUGUUGUUGCCGUCAUUUUAAAAGCCUAUAUUCAAUAAAGUGAAACAGUAGGUCAUUAUUUUUAAUUGUGGCUUCCUAUUCUUCCUCAGAGACCUUCUCUAGGUUUAUUGAAAAUGAUAACCUGUUUGAAACAAUACAAAGGUGCUUUAAAAACUGAGGAACAAAAUUGUGACGCCAAUAUCGUGAACAAUCCAAAAAUCAGGUCAUUCAUGUCUUUAUAGCGAUUUUCCUUUAACCACUGUUUUCAGUUUUGUCGAUCCUACAGUUGCACUAGCACUAUUAGUGUCAUUUGUCAUUGACACUGUGAAGGAUGAGAAAAAGAAGUGGUACGAGUUUGGAAGAGAAUCUCUUAUGUCAUGUCUUGUCGAGGUAAGUCGAUAAGUGGUGUUACUGUGGGCUUGGGUUUACUGUGUCUAUGCUUUAGUGCCCAGUUGGACGUUUUACUGUAAAUUGUCUGAGACGUGUUUAAAAUAUAACUUGAUACCACAACACAUUGCGUUUUAUCGUUAUGGAAUUGAAAUUAUAACAAAUUUUGAAUCUGAUUGGCUGGCAAAAAUACUUAUAUUUUUUACUUCACCCAGUGUGACGGCGAGAUGAGACUACACAUGUGGUAAGCACACGGUUUUCAAACCCAAAAAUGCGGCUAUUCCAAAGUUAGUGUCUUGACAAGUAUUGCGCAGUUUGUGAUGUCUGGAAAAGAGAGCAAUGACCGGCCAUUCCUGCGGGUAUGGGUUUUGUCCAAUUUGAGGUUGCGAGCUCAACUGGAUCGGUUUUGUGUCCAAAUGAACGAUGUGACUGUUCUGAAAGGUUGCGCAAGACACUGGGUCAAAAUUUUUCCCCAAAACAGUCCCACAGUGUAAUUCCAUGAAUGAGACUCAUAGUGGUGUCUAUUAUCCAGCUUGAGGAUACGCGCGCCACUUAAUCGGUGUCCUGUCCAAUUGCAUUGUAGGACUAUUCUAGGGGCAUUGUCGUCAUUACCAGGUUGCGCAAGCUAAGAAACUGGGAAAAUUUUCUCCAAAAUAGUCCCACAGUGCAAUUCCAUGAAUGAGACUCGUAGUGAUGUCUAUUGUGUAGCUUGAGGAUGCGCGCGCCACUUAAUCGGUGUCCUGACCAAUUGCAUUGUAGGACUAUUCUAGGGGCAUUGUCGUCAUUACCAGGUUGCGCACGCUAAGAAACUGGGAAAAUUUUCCCCAAAAUAGUUCCACAGUGCAAUUCCAUGACUGAUACUCAUAGUGAUGUCUAUUGUGUAGCUUGAGGAUGCGCGCGCCACUGGAUCGGUGUCGUGUCCUUUUGCAUUGUGGGAGUAUUCUAGGGGAAUUGUCGCUAUUACAAGGUUGCGCAAGAAACUGGGAACCCACAGUACAAUUCGACGAAACACCGACCAAAAUCACACGCAACCUCAAAACAGCAUGCCUUUCUUUUCUCUUGUUUUACAGUGGUUUGUGGUUCUAAUACUGUUAGUAUUAGCAAAUGCGUUGUGGAUGCGUUACCGUAGAACUCGAAGAAGAAUUCACAGAAUCUCCAGCAUUCGUGACACACAGCGUACGCCAACGACUAACGUCGACGACGCGAAUUGAUAUAUAUUCAGUGGAUGGAUUUAUCCAUCACAGUUAGAUAUUCAAUGGACAAUUCUUCAAUUAGUGCUUAACAUAUUCUUCCUAAAAAAAUAGGUAGAAAGGUGAUUUUUUUAAUUAUUAGGUGCCACGAAUUUCCCUACAGCCGUCUUGCAGAAUUUCUUGCUGGAUCGACAACCCAGUGUUUCUAAACUGUUUCUAAAAGUGAUUCACUCUAGCUUCGAAAGCUUUACUUCAGAUACUCAACUUAAUUUAAUAUCGUCAUAUAUUAAGCUGUAAUUUUUUUUGUAGAUUAGAUUAGAUAUUUGUAUUUAGAUUACGAUUCGCGAAUCGUAGGAUGACUCGCCUCAAUUUACUCUAGAGGGGCCGCUGUGAAGAUGCUCUUGGAAACCUCUAAUUUCAUUUACUCUUCCGAGCUUGAAGCUCUUCAG